AUGGCUGACUCGGAUCUUGAUGAUAUUCGUGCAAAGCGUAUGGCUGAAUUACAAAAACAAUAUGGAGGAAAUCCAACUGGUAGUGAAGGAGGUGGAGAAAAAAAUCAUGAAGAUCAACGACAAAAACAAGAAGAAAUGCGUAAUGCAAUGUUAAGUUCAUUAUUAACUCAAGAAGCAAGAGCAAGACUAAAUACAAUUGCUGUUGCAAAGCCAGAUAAAGCACGUAUGGUAGAAGAUAUUUUAAUGCAGAAUGCACGAAGAGGUGCAUUCGGAGGCAAAGUCUCGGAAGAACAAUUGAUUAAUAUUCUUGAACAAGUGAAUAAAGCAACUGAAAAAACAACUAAAGUGAAUUUAAUUAACAUGGACGGUGUCGGUUAUGGAUCUGAACAUUCAAUUAUCGAUGCUAAUAAACGUUUAAUGAUGUUAAGAACGAGAAAUUUAACGUUAAAUCGUUAUUUGAGUGUGGAGGAAAAUCUUCAAUAUAUGCCACAUCCAGAAAACAAUUCAAAAACUCUAUUAAAACAAGAAGCAACUAUUACCGUGAAAAAUGUUCCAUUGACUAAUUAUAUGGAAGCAUUGAUAGAAAAAACAAUCAAUUCAAAUGCAAACAAAGGUCGUCAAGCAAUUGAAUGGGUUAUUAGAAGAAUGCACAACGAUUUACCAAGAACCAUUAUCAACUGGAAUGAAAGUAACGUUUUGUUACGUAAUAUUGUCAUAAUGGUUGAUUGGACAAAUUCUAGACAACAACGUCAACUUUCUGUAACACAAUAUAAUCCUAUCAUAGAUGGUUAUUCACAUAAGACUACGGGAAGUAUAGCUGGUUCCAAUCGAUCGCGUCGUCCGUCAUGGUCUGAUGCAAAAAAAGAUUUUAUUGAAGAUGAUGAAGCAUUUUCUGAUGCACAUACACAACUAUUAAAAAAUUUAGACUUAUAUUAUAGAAAAGUUAAACGACAAUUAUUAGCAUUUCAAUCUUUACCGACUGGCUUAUUUCCAAAUCAUUUAGAACCUAAGAAGAAAGUAGCUCAUGUUGUUGAAAAUGUUUUUUGCGCUAUUUCUGUAUGGUCACUACGCCAAUGUUACAUAAAAAUUGAUAAUGAUCAAGGUCGUGCUCAUGAACUAGGGCAAGCUGCUGUGAAAUGUAUGAGGGGAAUAUUAAAUUGUUGGAUGAAACAAGCUGUUAAACUCGAAAUAUUUAAAGGUGAACAAUCACCAAAAGAUGCCUUACAUUCAAAGUUCAACGUUUACGAUGGUAGUGAAGUAUCAGGAGCUGAUGAAGUUGGCCAAUUACAAAUCUGUGCUAUUUCUCUCUAUUUAUUGACAAUUGCACAGAUGAUUACAUCUGGACUGCAAAUUAUCUAUUCAAUUGAUGAGGUUAAUUUUAUUCAACAAUUGGUGUUUUAUAUCGAGCGUGCUUAUCGAACACCUGAUUAUGGUAUUUGGGGACGUGGAAGUAAAUAUAAUAAUAAUACAUGUGAACUUCAUGCGAGUUCGAUUGGGAUGGCUAAAGCAGCAUUAGAAACAAUGAAUGGUUUUAAUCUAUAUGGAGAACGAGGAGCAAGUUGGUCAGUAGUCUAUGUCGAUAUUGAUGCACAUAACAGAAACAGAACAACAUUCGAUACAUUAUUACCAAGAGAAUCAGCAUCAAAAAAUACUGAUGCCGCUUUAUUAUUCACUGUCAGUUGGCCAGCAUUCUCUAUUCAUGACACGAAUCUCGUUCAAACAACAAUCAAAAAAUGUAUACGAAAAUUACGUGGAUCCUACGGUUUUAAACGAUUUUUGCGUGAUGGGCAAUAUACCACUAUCGAACCAAAAGAUAAACGAUUUUACGAAGCAUCGGAAAUUAAAAAAUUUGAUAAAAACGAAUGUGAAUGGCCAAUGUUUUUUGCUUUAAUGGUUAUUGACGGAUUAUUUAAAAAUAAUCAGCCUCAAAUUGAUGAAUAUCUUGGUUUGUUAAAUCCUCUACUUCGACGAACAACGGAAGGUAAUGAUUUGAUCAACUUUUCUUACCAUUAGAAUUUUAAAAAUCUUAACAAAAACUUCAUACACACACACACACAAAAUAUACACGUACUAUCUAUUAUAGCUGCACGUACUGAAGAUAAAUCAGAUUGUAAGAUGAUCACUUGUUGUUUUAUUUAAUUUUUAUCAUGUUCUUUUCCCUACCCUAUUUAUUCAAUAAUUUGUUAGAAUUAAGAAAUUUUUAAAUAGUAAAAUUAUUUCAACAGUAUCUAGUUAUAAAGCAUCAAUGAAGAAAGUUUUGAAAGUCUUAGACUAUCCUGACUACGAUAUUCUAAGAAGAUAGAUUAGAAUACCUUGGCUACUUUUCUGUUGUCUGAAAGAGACAGUUCAUUCAUCUACAUGAAAUUCUAAUGUACAACUCAUUAUUAUUUAACCUCAUUAAGACACAACUAGUUGUACUCAACAUUUUCUUUUUUCAUUUUGGGUUAAAAAAGACAUGAAUAGGGCUGUUCGAAAUUUGAAUGUGUUGUGAAAAACUACCGAAAAUUAUGAGAAGAUCUUUACAUUAGUAUGUAGAGAACUAUUCGAUCUAUCAUCAUGUUCACUAGCAAGUUUUUCUAACAAGAAACAGUUGAGAACUCGAAAAAAUACGAUGAAAAUUUGAAAAAGUGUCUUUUUUUACUUCAUAGAACUCUAGAUUUAUGCAGUUCGUGCCUUUCUUUAUACUGAACUAUCCUGAUGGGCUCACAAGCGGCAAAAAGAUUUCUUUCUCUUAUUUAUCACACCGUUACUGUAACAAUACCAACACUGUGAUAGUUCUGCUUUUAUCGUCGUAAGAAACUCUUCUGAACACUCUUUUAAUUGAUUUUAUUCACAACUUAUCGUUCUUUGCUUUAUGACUUUCUGAAGGCGAAAAGAACAAAAUCAUUUGUCUAUUUUGUCAAUUCGUUUUUGUUAACUGUUGAACACAUAUAUGCUGCUGUUACGGUAUAUAUCAUGAUAUCAUCUAACAAAUUAUAACAAGCUUAUCCUUAGCUUUUUUCUUUGUUGUGUAAAAAAACACGCAGUUUUAGUUUUAUUACACAAAUUGCACGUUAUUUGGCCUGACUUAGUUUGAAAGUAUGAAAACUAUCAAUGUAAUUCGGAUUCGGAUCAACUAUUUUUAAGAAAUCGUUCUCAUUGUCUAUGUCACUUGGCACAGUGGGCAUCCAGGCGGAAAUUAGGUGAAAAAUCGAAGUUGCUCCUAAUUCAAAUACAAAUAGUGGAAAAUGUAGCCCUUUCAAAGGGCUAUCGAAUGGUAUAUAAAUGUCUAUUUUGAAAAUGGUUCCUACGACGAGAAAUCACGGUACACAAAACCGAUUACGGAUAUCGUUACCACAUACGAAAUAAAGAUUCUUUGCUUACUCAAUUAUGUUACGCGAUUUCAAAGCAGAUAUUCAGAAUCAGCACGUCUUCAGCUACCUAUUGAUAACAAAAUAUUUCUAUUUCGGCACCGAAUUCAAUAAGUAAGAGCGACAUGUUCUCCAUAACGUCAGUCCGUAGUAACAGUACUCCAGUAUAGUCGGGUUGCCCUCGUUAGCCCCACGCGAAAAUAACAUUCAAACACAUCAAAAUGUUCCUCAAACGCUACUCUAUGUAUUCUAAAAUUGCAAAAUCUCGCAUAUUUUCCAAGGAGGUGUCAUAGAUUUUCCAAAAUCCUAAGGAGUUUUCGCGUAUUUCACAUUUCUCUCUCUCACCAAAGCACUUUUUCGUACAAAUAAUGCCAUAUUCGGAAUCAGCGUGAAAAACUACGUCGAAUGAUAUAUAGCUUUUUAAUUUUUCUGCAGAAAUAUUUUCGGUCAAACUGAAUUAUACAGUUGAAAGCCUGUCCGCAGCAAAUUUUGCUUAGGAAGUUGGAUAUUUAUUUUAGCAAUAGUACGCAAGUGUAUAAACAC